GAAGGUCACCUCUGCACCUCCCCCAAGCCUGUCCAGUUGUGGGGCCCCUAGCCCAGGCCUGGCCCUGACCGCCUGGGAAGCCGGCUGGCUGGGUGGGGCGCCUGGGUUAGUCAUCACUGGGCUCCCUCUCUCCCCACCUCUCGGCCAACUCUUGGCCCCUCCCCGUGGCCUCCGGCUAAGCUCUCGCCCCCACCUCCUUUCGGCCCUAGUUCCAGCCUCCAACUCAUUUGGCCUGUCACCCUGGCUGUCAUACUGGGCUGGAAGCUGUCAGGGUGCCAAAGGGUUGAUGGAGCAGCUGGUCAGAGGGUCAGUGCCCUGGACCCACCCCGCCCUGCAGCCAAGGGCACCUGCUUGGCACAGACUUUCAGCAGCCGCUGAGUCCUAUGGACUGACCAGAACCGACUCAGACAGAGGGGAAUGGGAAGGAAUUGAGACUGGUCACCUGGGAUAAAGAAGGAGCCUGUACCUCCCACACUCUCACCUGGCUGAGCCGCAGUAGUUCUUCAGUGGCAAGCUUUAUGUCCUGACCCAGCUAAAGCUGCCAGUUGAAGAACUGUUGCCCUCUGCCCCUGGCUUCAAGGAGGAGGAGGAAGAGGAGAAGGAGCUGCUUUUCUCUUCAUCUGGAAGGUGACAGAACUGGGGUCGGGAAGGUCUGAACAGUGAGAGUGAUGAUACCUUUUUGGAAAGGGAAUCCUGUUCAAUAAGAGAACCUUCACCCCAAUUGGCCCAGCAAGAGGGAACAAUUUUAGAUUAGAGACCCUGGCUGAAUUAGGGUAUAGAUGGCUCUGACUACCUAGGCUUAGUUAGUUGUGGUGUGACAAUGGGAACAAGUGAAGCCAAGAAAACCCUGUAUACCCCUUUACCCAGGUGUCUUUCUUAGCCCUCCUUCCUUGUCCCCUCUUCUUUCCACUGACCUUUCCAGGUGAAGCCUAGAAGUAAGUUUCUUCUCAGGGAAAAGGUCCUACUGAAACUCUCGUCUGAGUAGUCGUCCCUCUGCUCUUACCUUUCUUUAGGCUGGCCCAGACUGUAGAUUCAGGGAUUCUCACCUAAAUGUGGGAUCCUUAGACUUUCUGUCUCAGCUUCUCCACCUACCUGUGAGAUGGGGAAUCACCUACUUGAGUGUACAUGAGGGAAUCAGAAACCCAUUUGUGCAGACUCAGAGCUUGCGGUAGGAACAAAACAGCUUUUCACAUAAGCUAUUGCUCCUCUUGACCAUAACUCCAAGAUCUGGAGGGAGGAGUAUUGGGAGGAGAGGCUAGCAGGAGCUCAGUCUGACUUCUCACCAUGCAAAGGUACCCCCAGGCUUCCUCUGCCACCCAAAAUAGGCCUGCAGCCUCUGAUGGGGUUCCAGCUACCACUGCUCUCUUUCUUUCCUCACUUUUCAGGAUAGUGUAUGAGACUCAUCUCAGGCCUGUGCGGGCAGGAUAUUCUCCCCUCCAGGAACCACUGCUCUCUGAUGGGGUUCCAGCUACCACUGCUCUCUUUCUUUCCUCACUUUUCAGGAUAGUGUAUGAGACUCAUCUCAGGCCUGUGCGGGCAGGAUAUUCUCCCCUCCAGGAACCAGGGGAAAUGAGUUGUGGGACAUGACCCCCAUUGGGGCAUCAGGUAGUAUAAACCUGCCACCCCCAGCUCCUGAUCCAGUCUCACUCUUGGGCUCAGGCUCUGGUGUGAUUCAGCUUUGGCCCAGUCUCCCUGCCUGAAGGUGGGCAUGUUCAGGGACUUUAGGAAACUGUUUGUUCUAUUUUGGAGGAGGAGGUAUGUAGAGGAGGAGGUAUUCCCCAUUUACAAGAAACUGAAAGGUUGAGGGUAGUGGAGUAGACCAUUGAACUCAGCACUUCCGUAGCCCAAGCUGAAUGUAUGGGACUGAAGGGGGAGAGUAGACUGACUCCACCCAUAGGCCACAACACAGAUUGCUCUGUCCCUGGACAUUGCUUCUAUCCUUUUUCCCCUCCUCGCCUUAACUGGCCACAGUGUCUCCCCUUCCAGCCCUGGGUAUGUGACUCUGUCAUCCUCACCCUUCAUGGAGCAGAGAUGAGGAAGAGCAGCCUGGGAACACAGAGGCAGGCAAAAGACCGGUGAAGGACAAGACUGGGAGAGCACAGGGUCCUGUCUGGACACCCUGCAGAGGGGGCCCAUAAAGGCCAGGAGCACCCCUGGAAGAGGGAGGACAGCCAGGCUUCAUAAAGGACAAGCUUCCAGCCACUGUCUUCAUUCACCAUUUCUUUCCAGUCUUUCCGCCUCCCUCAGAGAUGUGGGACCAUAUUAAAGUGUCCUGUGGCUUCAUCCUCUGACUUCCCACCUUUCCUCUACUCUGUAAUUUUUAUAUAGGGAGCUUCAAGGAGCAAGAGCCAGCUGUGAAAGGAUAUACACAGAAAAUUCAUAAGAGAAAUUCAAAUGAAUAAAAUCAUGAAAAAUGUGUUUCAUUAGUAAUUAAAGAGAGGCAAAUAUAGCUGUAAGCAUUUUUCCCAUAGCAAACUAUAACGAAAAAAAUAACACCCAGUUAUUGGCAAAGGAGUACUAAAAUAAUGCUCCGAUACAUUGCAUAUGGUGGAACAAAUUGAUACAGCCUUCCUGGAUGUCAGUUUGGAAAUACGUAUCAAACAUAUUACCAUGGUCUUUGACCUAGUAAUUCUAAAUUUGGAGAUUUAUCCCAAGAAAAUAAUGAAAGAUUUAGUUAUAAGAUGUUCAUGCCAACAUUGCAAUAGAGAAAAACGGGGAAGCAUCUCUCUAAUUAGGAAUUCAUUUCUGCUGUAAUGAAAAUUUGUAGUAGGAGAUUGUUUAAAUUAUUGUAUAUCCAUCCAGAUGGUAGAGUACUGUGCAGCCAUUAAAAAUCGUGUAGAACAUUUGACUGGAAAUAAAAAUACUCAUUGAAUAUUAAAAAGGUUGUAAAAAUAGUGUGUAUUAUGUGAUCCUAAUUUUGUUUUUUAAGACAUAGGUAUAUACAUAAAACAGAUAAAGACUGAGAACAUACUCUAAAAUAUUAAUAGCAGGUAUCUUUGGAGGGCGGAUUAAGGUAACUGUAAUUUUCCUCUUCAGUUUUUUCUGUAAUUUACAAUUUUUCUACAUUAAUUGUAUAUGGCUUUCAUAUAACAAAUAAAAUUAAAAAGAAUUUGUAAUAAAAAAAAAAGGUUUUGAGAGGUGGAUGUGGAAUAAUGAAGGAAUACCCCAAAUCCCUUGGACUUAGUGGAUUUUUGGUGGAGAAAGGGGUUUGUGAGAGUGUUUGGGGGAGCACCUAUUGAUUUAUGAAGUUCAUUCUUUGGGAGUAGCAGGAAUCCACCCUCUCCAUGCACAGGAAAUGGCUCUCUGAAUUGCUGGCUGUCAGCCAGCUAAAGAAGUGUGGAGUAAGACAGAAGGAAAACCUAUCACGUUUCAGGAAAUAGGGGUUGGGGGGAAGAUUUUUCUCUCCAGGAUGAAAGGUUCUAGGAUCCUAACAGUCAUGCUACUGAAAGCAGGAUGGGUAUUUUGUUUUGCUCUUUCAUUUUGGCCCCAUCUUGAGGUGACCCUGUGUGACCUCUCCUUGUCUCUUCAGAUGGGAAGAGAGAUUCUGUCCACCUAACAGGUCCACACCCAAGACUGUAGUGCUGAGGGGUUCCCUUUGCUUCCCUUUCCUAAUAAUGAGGCUCCUCUGUAGGGCGCCCAAAAAGUUGAGGGAGGAGUCCCCAAUGAGACGCUUCUCCAAAAUGGAAGCCGUUAUUAUGUUUGAGAGGUACUAUACGAGGGGGCAGGACUCCGGGAAUUAUAGGGUUGCUGGGAUGUGUCAAGGGUCUAGAAACCUCGAGAAGUAGAAUGGGGUGGCUCCAAGGAAGUGAGGUGCCCUCUCCCCCACAACAGACGGGAGAUGGGUGCGGAGCCGUAUGGUGGCAUGGUUUAAGCAACUGGGGAGUGGGUUUGCCAUGGCCUGUAACUUCAGAUCUGUAUGGGUGACGUGGGAGGGAUGACCAGCAAGUGAGAGGUUAGAGUAAGGAAAGGAGGUGAAAGUUAGUGGGGCAGGGCCUCUGAGAUUGUCGGGUGAGAUUAGUGACCCUAUAUCUGGCCCUCCAAGAGAGGUUCAGGACACAGGGAGUAGGGGAAGACCCCUAUCGCAUUCCGGAAGCGCUCAUCCCCCCUCUCCCCCUCCAGCUCCGUUGCCAGGUUCCCGGGAACUCUUACUCCGCCGUCUGUAGCGAGGGCGGGAUGCGAUGGGUUACCGUGGCUCCAGGGGCGGUGGCCACAAAGCCUGCUCCAAUCACCGCCCAGCCGCAGGAUGGGGGCGUGGACGAACCCUGAAAAAGUUACAGCAGAUUUCAAAGGCAGGGCGGGUGAGGGAUCCCAGAGAUCCAGUCUUGCCAGGAAGUGGUUCACAGUCUCCUCAGGGGGCUAGCGCAGGAACCCAGCGGACUGAUCCGGACUGGUCAGGUCAUGGCGCCCUCGGGGAUCCAAGUGACUGGCAUCUCCUCCGCCGCCUUUUGGGGGAUGCACUGGGGAAUGCAGCUGCUACCCAUACCAGGAUCUGCUGCUCUGGCCCGUUGAAAGUGGUGGAGCACCUGUGUCUCCCUGGUGCACAACCUGCUCUCGGGGAUCGGGGUGCUGCUCAGGCUGUUGCUGUACCCUCACAUGGCCGCGGACCUUAUUCAUGGCCACGCACCCUAGGCCCUAGUGCUGGUGACUGUGUCUGUAGGUUAUUUCCUGGCUAAUGGAGUCGACUUGCUCUGGAACCAGACCUUGGGCCAGGCCUGGCACCUUCUCUGUCAUUAUUUGGUGGUAGUGAACUUCCUCAGCACUACCAUUCUGUCCGGCUACUAUGUGGGCUUCUCUAUGAUGUCUCUACUCCUGGAGCUGAACUCUGCCUGUUUGAGCCUAAGAAAGCUACUGCUGCUUUCUUUACAAGCCCCCUCCUUAGCCUUCAGUGUGGCCAGUUCCACCCUGGCCACCCUGGCCCUCUGCUGCCAGGUACCACUAGGGUGGAUGAGUCUAUGGUUGAUCCAGCAGUACCACCAGGUGCCUCCUGCUUUGGUUGUCCUUGGUGGAACUGGGCUGGUCACUGUGAGUGCCAUGAGCAUCAGCACGGGUGUCCGAAUUUUGGUCAGUGAUUUGUUGCAGUCUCAGCCCUUCUCACUUAUCCCUGGGUGCAAGGAAACCAGGGGCACCAGGACAUGUGAUAGUGAGUCUGUCGCCAGGGAUGAUUCCACUCUCAGCCUGAAAGAGUAGAGAGACGCCUCAGUUUCCUCUUCUGCCAGUCUUGGAGGAGGUAGGACCAGGACAAAAAAAGAUGAUGGUCUUCAAUGCACAGCCCCCUGUCAGGGUAAGGACGACUGGAUUUUUAGCAUGUCAGUUCUUCUUCCAGCUAACUCACACCCCUCCCCCAUUCCUAGAAUCUGAGAAGAAAUGUUGAUGUUCAUGGGUGGGUGGAAACCUGGGCUAUUGUUCACUGAAUUUCAUCAACAGAUGGUCAUCCUUCCCAACAAAUUAACUCAAGGGGUACAGCCAGUACUACCAAUAAAGGGUGGCAGAAAGCAUGAAACUGGACAAAACUGCCAAUGUGUAUAUUCCUUUGCUUCAGCACAGGGACAGAUGAAAGAUGAAGAUCUACUAGGAUCCGAGAGAUCUGGUAUGGAGGGGAUGAGAUAAGAGGGAAAAGAAACCUAACUUAUGACCAAAUUCUGGCAGUGGGAGGACAACUCAACCGAUGCUAUCUGGAGCUGGAAGUUGCCAAGAGACCAAAGAACCUGAGCUAUAGCAAU